AAUUAUGAUAUGGGAAAGAGGAGCAGGAUUUAUAGAGCUGAACUCUCGGUGUGUGAGUGUUUGAGACUUGCGGGAGAAGGAGGAAAAGGCAAGAGCUCGCCAAAGCGAGCCUUGGUCUCUGAGAUCUCUAGUCGGCUGCUGGGGCUCGGUCUUAGCCCGGAAGAUCCGCUGUGGCCUCUGUGGGACCUGGCACCAGCCCACCGCCUAGCUCCGGCUCGGAGAUGCUGCCCUUCCCGAGAACAGGUGAAGGAGGCGGCGGCAGCAGGGACUGGGGGCUGCGGGUGGGAAUGCCAGGGCUCAGGGCUUUGUGUGGGUCGUGCAAGGGGCCAGGUUCGAAGUCCUGGGCCGGGCCGCAGCCCGCGUGUGGCCCGGAGGGCGGCGUGGCCAGGAGGGGUGUCCGAGCCGGGCGCGAGAGCACCGGCAAGGUGGAUUGUGUAUGGACUUUGGCCGCAGACAGAGCAGAGCGGGCUCCUGGGCUGUGGCCGGGGGCGAGGCGGGCAACCGGAUGUUGAGUCUGUAGGAAGGACCUUGAGGUCUGCUGGGUGUUUGGGCUGCGCUGGGGGACGGCGGCCCAGAGUGUGGAGCACGCGGCGCGUGGGGCGCGGCGGUCAGCGUGGGCGAGGCAGCAGGCCCCGCGCACCUCUGCAACUGCCUGGCCUUGUCCGGGGCGUCUGAACUGAGGCGGACCAAUAGUCAGAGCAUGAAAAAUAAAUGCCAUAGAAGGUCUUUCUUUCUUUUCUUUUCCACUUAAGAGGUCCUUUCUUUUUUCUACCUUUCGGAGAUACCUGGAUUUGGUCCAGAGCAGGUUGCCCGCGGGAGGGCCCCGCGAGCGGCAGCGCGCGAGGGAGGGAGAGAGAGGGAGGGCGAGAAGGAGGGAGGGAGGGAGGGAAGAAGGGCGGGCGGCGGCGGCCGUGGUGGCCGGGGCUUCCCUCCCCAGGCGGGAGGCGGCUGCCCUGCAACUGUGGCCGUGGGGAGCGGAGGAGCAGGUAACGAAGGAGCUUCCGAAGCGGGAUUGGACCAAGCCAGAGGGACCGAGUCUUCUGGGUCUCUCUGCCUGAGGCCUUGGAGGGAGAGAAGCGGGGGCUCAACCCCCAGACCUCCAGAAAUGACGUCAGAAUCAUUUGCAUCCCGCUGCCUCUACCUGCCUGGUCCAGCUGGGACCCUGCCUCGCCGGCCCCAUGGCCAGAGGGUUGGGUGAGUGUGUAUGGGGAAGGGGGGCUGGACUCUGGUAUCCUUGGAUGGGGGGCACUCUAGGCUCUCCAGCCUCCUCGGCUCAGCCUGGGCCCCUCCCCAUCCAACCUCCACUCCAGUCCUCAUUCAACUUCCUCUUCCUGCGAAAGAGGGGCGCUGCCCGGUGACCUACACAGACUGAGACACGAUCGCCAUGAAUGGAGACCUCUGGAAAAGCUCAGGAGCCGAGGCCCACGGGGCCCAGCAGAGGCCUGAGGGGAGACCCUGGGCGAGGGCUGAAUCGCUGCCUCCCGACAGCCCCCCAAUGCCCAGGCUUUGGAGGGGAGCCGGGAGCUUUCCAUCUCCUUUUGCAGGGGAGGGUUGUCAGUCUGACGGGAUGCGCACUGGGUGCACCCCAGCCUCUGCCAGCUAACCCCACAUCACCACCCACCCCCCAGCACCACCACCACUACACACACAAAAAAAUUGGAUACAUUUUGAAUAAAGCGAUUCGGUUCCUUAUCCGGGGACUGGGUUGCUCCGUGUGAUUGGCCGGCGGAGUCACAUGGUGAAAGUAACUUUACAGGGUCGCUAGCUAGUAGGAGGGCUUUAUGGAGCAGAAAAACGACAAAGCGAGAAAAAUUAUUUUCCACUCCAGAAAUUAAUGAUCAUGAGCUCGUAUUUGAUGGACUCUAACUACAUCGAUCCGAAAUUUCCUCCAUGCGAAGAAUAUUCGCAAAAUAGCUACAUCCCUGAACACAGUCCGGAAUAUUACGGCCGGACCAGGGAAUCGGGAUUCCAGCAUCACCACCAGGAGCUGUACCCACCACCGCCUCCGCGCCCUAGCUACCCUGAGCGCCAGUAUAGCUGCACCAGUCUCCAGGGGCCAGGCAAUUCGCGAGGCCACGGGCCGGCCCAGGCGGGCCACCACCACCCCGAGAAAUCACAGUCGCUCUGCGAGCCGGCGCCUCUCUCAGGCGCCUCCGCCUCCCCGUCCCCAGCCCCGCCAGCCUGCAGCCAGCCAGCCCCCGACCAUCCCUCCAGCGCCGCCAGCAAGCAACCCAUAGUCUACCCAUGGAUGAAAAAAAUUCACGUUAGCACGGUGAACCCCAAUUAUAACGGAGGGGAGCCCAAGCGCUCGAGGACAGCCUACACUCGGCAGCAAGUCCUGGAAUUAGAGAAAGAGUUUCAUUACAACCGCUACCUGACCCGAAGGAGAAGGAUCGAGAUCGCCCACUCGCUGUGCCUCUCUGAGAGGCAGAUCAAGAUCUGGUUCCAAAACCGUCGCAUGAAAUGGAAGAAGGACCACCGACUCCCCAACACCAAAGUCAGGUCAGCGCCCCCGACCGGCGCUGCGCCCAGCACCCUCUCGGCAGCUACCCCGGGCACUUCUGAAGACCACUCCCAGAGCGCCACGCCGCCGGAGCAGCAACGGGCAGAGGACAUUACCAGGUUAUAAAACAUAACUCACACCCCUGCCCCCACCCCGUGCCCACACCCUCCCCUCACACACAAAUUGACUCUUAUUUAUAGAAUUUAAUAUAUAUAUAUAUAUAUAUAUUGGUUCUUUCCUCUCUUCCUCUCACCUUGUUCCUUGUCAGUUCCAAACAGACAAAACAGAUAAACAAACAAGCCCCCUGCCCUCCUCUCCCUUCCACUGUUAAGGACCCUUUUAAGCAUGUGAUGUUGUCUUAGCAUGGUACCUGCUGGGUGUUUUUUUUUAAGGCCAUUUGGGGGGGUUAUUUAUUUUUUAAGAAAAAAAAGCUGCAAAAAUUAUAUAUUGCAAGGUGUGAUGGUCUGGUUUGGGUGGAUUUCAGGGGAAAUGAGGAAAAGAAAAAAGGAAAGAGAUUUUAAAGCCAGUUCUCCUCCUUCACCUCCUCCUCCUUCCCCUCUCUUUCCUUAGGCCUUUUGCAUUGAAAAUGCACCAGGGGAGGUUAGUGAGGGGGAAGUCAUUUUAAGGAGAACAAAGCUAUGAAGUUCUUUUGUAUUAUUGUGGGGGGGGGAGGAGAGGGGGUGAAGACAGCAGACAAAGCUAAAUGCAUCUGGAGAGCCUCUCAGAGCUGUUCAGUUUGAGGAGCCAAAAGAAAAUCGAAAUGAACUUUCAGUUCAGAGAGGCAGUCUAUAGGUAGAAGCUCUCCCCACCCCCAUCGUGGUUAUUGUGUUUUUGGACUGAAUUUACUUGAUUAUUGUAAAACUUGCAAUAAAGAAUUUUAGUGUCGAUGUGAAAUGCCCCGUGAUCAAUAAUAAACCAGUGGAUGUGAAUUAGUUUUA